AUGGCUGCAUUCUUGAAAGCCCAUGUCCACUUUGAGAGCUGCGAAAGUGGAAAUAAUGAAGGGAUUGAAAAACCCAAAUCAGGGGAUUUGGAUAUCUCUAAUCCCUGUUGGUAUUCUUCUGAAACAGGGAUAUACCGAAGCAAAUACCCUACUGUCAACUUGCCUUCUGAGACGUUUCUUGAUGUUGUUUCUUUUAUUUUCUCGAGAGAACAUCGUGGGAUUCAUGCACUCAUUGAUUCUUCAUCUGGGCUCACAGUUUCUUACGCCAAGCUUUUCGCUUUGGUAAAAUCCAUGGCUUCUGGUUUGCACAAAAUGGGUGUGAAUCAAGGUGAUGUAAUCUUGAUUUUGCUGCCAAAUUCUGUUUGCUUCCCUUUGAUUUUCUUGGGUGCACUGAGUAUUGGAGCAACUGUGACCCCCAUGAAUCCGUCGAGCAGCUUGCUAGAGAUAAAAAGGCAGGUUCUUGAUUGUAAUGCCUCUUUUGUCUUUGCUGCUUUGAGUAAAGUUGAUGAAUUGGUUAGCCGAUUGAAAGGGUGCCAUGUAAUUGGUGUGCCAGAGGUUUUGGAUGUCAACAAUGUGCCUAAUGAUGGCACUGUGUUCCACAAUCUGGUUUCAAGUGAUCCUAAUUUGGCUCCGAGGCCUAAGAUUACUCAACAGGAUGUUGCUGCUAUUUUGUACUCGUCGGGCACUACUGGUAGGGCUAAAGGAGUAAUGCUGACACAUGGGAACUUUAUCUCCACGGUAGAACUUUUUAUGAGAUUCGAAGCUUCUCUCUACAGUUAUCCGCCAAUGGAUAAUGUCUACCUGGCAGUUGUGCCUAUGUUUCAUGUGUAUGGGCUAUCUCUCUUUGCUAUGGGGUUGUUGUCAUUGGGUUGUACUGUUGUCACAAUGAGAAAAUUCGAUGUAGAUGAAAUGGUGAGAGCUAUUCAUAAAUAUGGUGUGACUCACAUUCAUGCUGUGCCGCCUUUACUGAUGGCCUUGACUAGGAGAGCCAAAAGAGAUGGAAAUAAUGGUUUCAGGAGCUUGAAACAGGUAUCUUGUGGAGCUGCCCCACUGAGCGAGAAAAGCAUAAGCGAUUUUAACGAGGCGCUCCCUCACGUUGAUUUUAUUCAGGGUUAUGGCAUGACUGAGUCGACUGCUGUGGGAACUCGUGGCCAUAAUACCACUGAGGUUCGUAAGUAUUCAUCUGUUGGACUUUUGUCUCCAAAUGUUGAAGCUAAAGUGGUGGACUGGGUCACGGGUUGUCAUUUACCUCCAGGGUCCGUUGGUGAGCUUUGGUUGCGCACGCCUGGGAACAUGAAAGCAGGGUACUUGAAUAACAUUGAAGCAACUAUGGCUGCACUUGGCAAAGACGGUUGGCUGCGUACUGGGGACAUCGUAUAUUUCGAUCAAGAAGGAUACUUAUAUGUGAUUGACCGAUUAAAAGAGAUCAUAAAAUACAAAGGCUUCCAGGUUGCUCCUGCUGAUUUAGAGGCAGUUUUGAUGUCCCAUCCUGACGUGCUCGAUGCGGCAGUGAUGGGCGCUAGAGACGAAGAAGCUGGGGAAAUUCCAGUGGCGUUUGUGGUCCUGAAAGAUGGGAGUUCAGUCUCUCAGUCAGCUCUAAUUAACUACGUAGCUAAGCAGGUUGCGCCUUACAAGAAGGUAAGAAAGGUAUAUUUUCGUGCCUCGAUACCAAGGUCAGCUUCGGGGAAAAUCCUCAGAAGGGAACUAAGGGGUCUAUUGGCAUCCAAGCUUUAG